AUGCGUUCACCACGGAAAUAAGGGGCGUCAGCGCUUGUGGACGCGGCCACGUGUCACCGGUCCCGGUUCCCCGAGGCGAACGACCAUCCUACCCGGUGGCCGCAGCCGGGCCGUCCCAGUGCGCCCGCGACUCGCCCCGCCCGCAAGGAGCCAGGACCCGCCGCGCUCGCGGACGGUGAAGACGCCGAGACAAGUGGAAGAGUGUUUUCUCCUCUGGCCGCCAAGCAGGCACCCUCUGCGUCGAGAGGUAGGCUCACGCUCUGAGGUACUUGGGGUUGAGAUUCCAGCACGUGAAUUUCAGGGGCACGGUGUGACCCCUAACACCCUCCAAAGGCUUCUGAGCUGCAGAGCGGGGUGACGGUAACCUCCAGGAUUAUUUGAGGAUUGAAGUCUAUGUCCCCUGGAUGGUGCCCGUCCCAGGUCCUGGCGUGGAGACGGAGCGUGCACCAGUGCCAGUAGUUCCUGCCGUCACCCGCGUGAGGCCCUGGGAGCUCUGGGAGAUGAAGUUCGGCUGCCUGUCCUUCCGGCAGCCUCAUGCGGGUUUCGUCUUAAAUGGGGUGAAGACGCUGGAGACGCGGUGGCGGCCCGUGCUGAGCGGCCACCGGCACCGCACCCUGGCCGUCCACAUCGCACGCAGGGACUGGGAGGACGCGGCCUGGAGGGAGCUGCUGUCCGAGAGGCUGGGGAUGAGCCCCGCGCAGAUCCAGGCCUUGCUGCGGGACGGGGAGAAGUUCGGCCGCGGAGUGAUAGCCGGGCUGGUUGACAUUGGGGACACUUCGCUGUGCCCAGAAAACUUAGGUCCCAACGAGGCUGCGGAGCUGGAGAAUCAAGCCCUGCUGCCCAACCUGCGGCAGAAGUACCUGACCGCGCUUGCCAACCCCCGCUGGCUGCUGCAGCCUGUCCCCAGGAGAGGCGGGAAGGACGUCUUCCAGGUGGACAUCCCCGAGCACCUGAUCCCCUUUGGGCAGGAGGCCUGACCAGACUGGGCUCUCGAGAGGAAGGUGACCGAGAGAGCAGCUCAUCGUGCCACCGUCCACUCGCCUUCACGCCCUGGACGUGCACGUCUGGUUCGGUCUGAAUCGGCCCUGCCCUGGGGAGCGCUGCCCGCUCCGUGCCACUCACGGAAGCAGACGUGCCCACCUGGUACAGGGACAGGGCUUGGGACUCUCCUCGUGGGAUGCCGCUCUGGGCUCAGCGAGAGUCUCGAGGACUUUGACCUUUAGGAAAAGAUGGCAGUGCCACUCGUUUUGGCCCUACUGAUUCUGGGUGGUUGAGAGAAAUGUGUUUUGAGAGGACCGGUUAGCAUUUUCCCCUCUUUGUCCUGGUCAGAACUCCCAGAUGUUUGGACCGCGUCUGGGGAACGAACAAUGCGGGAAGGCCGGUGGCGGGCCUCGUGCACGCGGGAGAGGACCGCAGGCCCAGAAACAGGGCGCGGUCUGUCCUUGCAGGUGACCCUGGCCCUGUUGUAAAGUGUCCCUUGGCUCACGAAGGGUGUGUGUUAGACGUGCUGCCUGGCCACUUCACGUCCGAAGACAGGCUCCUAGACACAGCUCUGAUGGCCAAGUGAGAAGGGCUGGUGCUCACUUUGUGGAAAUCUCUUACUUCUCUGUGGGGUUUGGGGUCAUUUGUUAGCAAGCUUUCUAGGGGUUGUUACCUCUGAGGGUGCUGGGCUUUCCCCCAGGUGUCGGCUGGAACGGCCCGUCUCUUCUGAGGCAGACGGCAGUGUGCACGCCUCCCUUGGUGGGUGGGGUGGCCCUCCUUUCCGGCGGGUCUCUUUGGGAGGCCCCUGGAUGGUGGGCUGGACACACGCUCAGCUGCGGGUCAGAAACUUCUGGCAUCAUAGGGGGACCCAGGAGGAAGCCCCUUCUGCUUCAGGAUGCAUGACUAAUGGAAGGUGGCACCCCUGAGGUCAGGAGCCAGGCUGUGCUGCCUCCUGACUGGCAGGCAAGGCCCAGGGGCCAGCCUGUCCUGGGCCGGCCUCAGCGCUCCCUAGCCACGUCCGUGGCUGAGCGUGGGAAAUGCUCCUGCUUCAAAUGAAAGGGGACGGCGGGGACCAAACCUGCCGGGGGGGUGGGUUUCCAGCCUCGUCGGGCCCGUCCACUGAGAUGUGUGAAUAGGACAGACAGUUAGAAAGGACACAAGACUCGCAAUUCUCGUUCGAUUCUGUAUUUACUCCUGUGGACUUUGGCUUUUCUUUAUUAGAGACAAAAACAGAUUCUUGGUUAUGAGAUGGGGCUUUUCGUGUGUUCCCAGGGGCCUGCGAGCUCAGGGAUCGCAGUUGUCCUUGAACUGUUCUCGGAGAGCACACCUGCAAUCUGAGGAGCCCUCCUGCUCCUCAUCCACCUCAGGGACCUCGUUCGGGGACAAGGCAGAAAGGGCCGCCGGCAGGAGGGAGGAACAGCCGUUGUCCACAGGCAUCUCCGAGCCAUAAGCCGGGUUCAGUUUGUGGAUGAAAGUCUUCAAGCUGUCCCUGUUGACAAUCCUGUCUGCGCCUCUGCGGCGAAGAACCUCCCUGCGGAAGAGGUCUUGCUCGAUGAUCACCGUGUCUCCCUCGUCAUUCCAGCGCACAGAGCUUAGACGCUUUUGAACGGGCCUAAGUGACACGGACUCACUCUCGAGGAAAUUUCCUACUUGCUGACCUAGACGUGACUGGAGGAAGCCCCUGUCCACGUGCAUUUGGAAAUAGAUGAGGGUCUGGGUGUCAGACGCACCGAAACCCGAAUGAGAGUCGUCCGUCUUCACCGCAGGUGGGAGGAUAGGAUGGUGGGUUUGGCGAUGCGCGUUCUCUGUCCGUUGUGGGCGACUUUGUCCUUCAUAGCCACCAUGGAGGGGACAGAGUGGCACCUUGGAGAGGCCCGUCUGCGAGGAUCCUAGGUCCCUGUCCCAGCUCUGCCACUAAGCAGGGUCAUCUGCCCUCUGUGAGCGCCACUGCCCUAUUUCUGAAAGGGGAGAGCUAAGAGGGUGUGGAAGAGGACCUCCCGAGGUGCCUUUCAGCCUAAGGACUGGCAUCCUGGAUGGAGCUCCCAGGCCUAGAUUCGGGCCUGCUCCCUGGUCUUUGUGCAUCUAAAGUGGUUUACAAAGCAUUCUUUCAGGUCAGUUCCUCCUGUAGGGACGUGACCUCGGAGGCUGCGAAUUUCAGUGGAGGCCGUCGGUGGCUCCUUGGAAGGGGCCCGAAGGCUGGGGCCUCCUUGGGCGGGCCCGCCUGUGUGGCCUUGCCUGCUGCCGCCCUCCUCGGGCCCUCCCUCGCCCCCUGGGUCCCGUAGGAGCUGCCUCCUUCCUGGUCCCCCUCCCUCCCAGGUGCCAGCCAGGCCCCGGCAGUGGGUUUGUGUGCACCGUGGGGGUCUUUCUCAGCCGGGUCUCGGGACCCUUCAGUUGGGCGGGCACAAGCCCUGGUGACGUCCAAGGCCUGCCUUUCCCAGCCUCGCCCUGCGGCCCCUGCCCUUGGCUUCCGCGCCCUGAUGCCCCCAGCCCAGAGGCCCUCCAGCCGCUCCCCUCCCUCGCUGCCGCCAGGGUCUCGGGGUGUCUGCCAGCGUUCACUUCCCUCCAGUAUCUGAGGAGGCUCCUGGAGGGGCCUUGUCCCGGUAGGCACUGGGGCCUUACAGUCAGUCCCAGGCAGUCUCAGUCCCUCCCUGCCCGUGGCUCAGCCAUGAGCAGCUCAGCAGGCCGGGCUCCCGUUGGGCAGGAGGGCCCCAGGGCAGGAGCAGGGACGGGGCGCCGUCACGCGGGAAGGAGCCGGCACUGGACAGAAAUGCCGGCGCCUGGCAGCGGCGGGUCUCAGCAAACCACAGACCAGCCCCGCACCGCCUCUGCUUCUCCUCGGCACCUUCCUUUCUUGGGCCUGCUUUUCGUCAACUGAAAGACACCGUGUAGCACCGAGAAGAGCAAUGAGUCGCCAGUCAGAAGGUCGGCCACGGGCCGGGGGUGGGUGGGAGCAGCGUGGGCUCGAGAGGAAGUCAGACCAGGGCUCUGGUCCCCACCCCGUCACUUAGCAGCACGUGACCCUGGGAAGAUUCCCAAGCCCCGUGGCCUCAGGUUCUUCACCUGUGAAGCGAGUGGGUGUGACGAGCCGUGUCUUGUAGGGGCUGCAGGGAUGCGCGUGAGCUUCGUAAAGCAGCUCACAGGACCUGGCGUCUGUGGGAACGUUGAUGACUGGCAGUUAUUUCUCAUAUUGUUUGGAUCACAGACCCUUCCCCUCUCUCCUCUGGCCUUUGGUUGGGCGGUUUCUUGUCCCGGUCAUGUCAGAGAACAUGCAGCUUCAUCACCAUCACCUCCCACAGAAGGAAGCCCCGCUUCCCAAAGGCCCAAACUGCCCUGGCUCAGGGCACUUACACUCCAGGGCUCGCUCCUGGAGCCCCACCGCCUCGUCCCAUGUUGACUUGUUCUGUGGGACUUGGGGGACGUCUCACCACCUUCCUCAUGUGACUGCGGCUCCUAGACCAUCCCCCUAGGUGUGGGUGUGUCCUGCUUUUCCUAGCGUUCCCGCUACUAACACAGGCCCUUCCAGAGAGCCGAGGCUCCGUGGAGGUCUGCCGAAUAUAUAAGCCGGAGAGCAGGGGGCUUACUUACUCAAAUCAAGUUUUUCAUGCUUUCGUAAAUCACCGUGCAAAUCCAACUAAACAGAGAUAGCUUAGUUUUACAGAAUGACAGACAAGAAGGAUAAGAAGCAAAAACUCACUACGAUUACUUUUAUUUUUCUAAUUCUUCCCCCAUCUAUAUUACUGCUAAGUACUUUCACAUUACCAGAGCAGUUCUGAUUCCAAUUCCAUGUUAUCUGCCUCAGGGUCACAAAAUGAAAUGGGAGAUUUCCCAAUCUCUUUUACAAAACAGCAAAACUCUGGUUCUUAAACUGGGUAAUUAUAAACACAUUCUAAUCAAAGUCAUUCACAAAGUUAGACACUGAAGCUUGUUUAGUCUUCCAUUAAUACGAAUAACAUUUGAAAAAUUCCUAAAGAAAACAGAUGAUAUUCCAUGUCAUCAUACACAACAGGAACCCAAAGAUGCUACACACCAUGUUCCCCCCACUCGCAGGGGCCCUCACUACUUGGAAACUCGACCGCUCUCUCUUCAAACUCAGAGUGAAGGACCAACCUCACUUCCUACCACUGAACUUGGGCCUGGAAGGAGCCUGGCUGCUGCUCUGGCUCAGGCCCCCUCUUCCUCAUCGCUCACACCCUCCGCAGACGUGGGAUCCAAGGUAUUGACCCUGAGCAGAUGCUCCAGGACCUGCCACUUGCUGGUCUCCGCGUAGGCCCGG